AUGUAUAUGCAGUAUUUGCAUUUACCAGCGUGGUGGGUCUUAUCAUUGGCCUGGAACAAGAUGGAAUCAUUGAUAGUUUUUAUGACCCUAUAUUUAAAAGAGAGUGAGCCAUAUCUGAACACAGCUCAUGGUCACAUGAUCUGCUACUGGGAUGGCACUGCUCAUUACCUGAUGUACUUAUUGAUGGUGGCAGCGAUCGCUUGGGAUCAAAAUUACAGGACAAUCGGCCUUUAUUGGAUUGGAUCUAUUAUAAUGAGUAUGGCUGUCUUUAUACCUGGAAGCAUUGCAGGGAAAUACGGUACACGGAUUGGUUCGACAAUUCUCCUAAACUUGCCAUAUUUUUGCCUUCCACUCUGGGCUGCAUUCAAGAUCUACAGACAGCCAUCCGUUAUUCAUAACCCGUCUAUAGAGGAAGCACAAAAUAUUCAGAAGAAAAAUAUAUUCCGGAGACCAGUUGACUUGCUGCUAGCUUCCUAUCUUUUAUGUGCAAGUAUCUUCUGUAUAUUCCGUGGAAUGAUCGCCUUAGACUGUCCUUCUGAUUUCUGUCGAUUUUAUUCUCAAUUACAAGAACCAUAUAUUAGAGAUCCUGCUGCCUAUCCAAAACUUCAGAUGUUGGUAUAUAUGUUCUAUUCUGUUCCAUGUAAUCUGAUCACUUUGUAUGGUUUGCUGGUUCCUGGAUGUACUUGGAUGCCAGAUCUGACUCUUAUUCAUGCUGGGGGACUAGCUCAGGCACAGUUCUCCCAUAUUGGUGCUUCUCUUCAUGCUCGGACUCCUUACAUCCACAGAGUUCCUGAUGAAGCUAGGCUUUUAUUUUUAUUCACAAAUAUACUAUUUGCAUCUGUUCCUCAGCUAUUGGCUCAUCGGUGUAUCAGUGAACCAGAAUUUUUUGUGAAGGUAAAAACAGGGGUCAAAUCUGAAUAG